AUGAAUACAGACACAGACAAAUAUAUGUUCUUUUCCCUUUUGUUGUUGAGAUCUUUGUCUACCCGCAAUCUCGAGUUCUUGCAUAAUCCGGUUUCUUUGUUCGUGUUGUUUAACGCCAUGCUUAUAUCUGUAACUUUUUCGAGUCAUAAACAAUCUACGAAUGAAGUUGAUGGAGAAUUCACGUAUUUGGGCUCGUCAUGUGAAGUGGGGGCUUCCUUUGAUGAUACUCAACAGUGUGCAGAUAUGGUUGAUGUAUGCAGAGAUGAUACCGGUUGUUCCGACGGCUAUUAUGAAGAUGAUGAUAGUGACAGUGAUGACAAUGAUGGUUGGUUUGCUGAAGGAGACUACAGUGAUGAUUUGCAGCGAAGAAUCGAUGACUUCAUAGCUAAGGUCAAUAAUGGAUGGAGGGAAGAAUGGUUAAAUGAAAAAGAUGAUCCGAUAACUGAAUGGUCUGAGUCGAGUUAA